UAAAACAUUACCUGGGAAAUCAAUAACUUCUGUUCAAUUAGCCUCUUCACUGGGAACACAAGCAGAUAAGAUAUUUACAGCAUCCGGCAAUGAAGUCAAAGGAUAUACAAGAAAAGGAAAGGUGUUUCUAAGUAUUGAAACUUCUUUAACAGAAACAAUUACAUCAAUGUGUAUUAUAGGAAGUGAUCUGAUACUUUGUAGCGGACGAAUAGUAACGUACUAUCGAGAUUUACGAGAAUAUAACUCGUACGAAUGUGAUGACAGAGUUCUCGACAUAGCAGCAUUUGCGGUACCUAAUAGUACAAGAGUUCGACUGCUGGUGUUAAUUGCCAAUAAAGGAGCCAUUCUACUAGAAAAUGGAAAACUAAUUUCCCGCACAGUGAUAUCAUCGGGUCCAUCGCGUCUUACUGUUCCGCCGUCUACACAUGUGACUGACAUUAUAGCUUUCUACGGAGCUGGUGAUGGAUCCAUAGGCAUCAUUACAUAUGAAGAAUUGACGCUAUCAAGUAAAUGUCUAGUUGAUGGUCGAGGUCUAGGGUCCGUGGUAUGUCUCGGGUGGUAUUUUAAUAAUGGUAACUUCCAUAUAAGUGUUGGCCGACACGACGGAUCCAUUCAACUUUACCUUGUGGAUAUGGAAAAUUUCGGUGAAAAACCUCGACUUAAAUACACUUAUUUUUGCGGAGAACCUGUGACUUCUGUAGUGGGUGGAAGCGUAGCUGCAGAAGAGUCUGAACUGCUCGUAGCUACAUUUUCGGGAAGAAUUUUCGGUCUCAGAUCUAGUCACUUUGCUACUGGAGCUAAAGUUCCACAAGACAUCUUGGCAACGAGACGAGGAAAACUGGAGGUGGAAGUAGCACGUUUGGAGAAACAAACUGCAAAUGAAAGAGAAAAAUAUCAACGUAAUACUCGAUCUUUACAUGCUGGGUUAUCAACUCCACCUCUUCUGGAUAUACAAUACGAACUGUUGGGAGCAACAAAUGAUGGAUGGCAAGAAGUGAGAAUAACCUCAGCAGUGCCUCUUGAUAUGCUAUUUAUCAAUUCUAAUAAAAAAUUGGCAAUGCAAACCGACACUGCUGCAGUCCUAAGCAUAUGUUCAUCUAAGGAGGCUGGAUCCGAUUUGCUGGCUUCAGUAAGAUGUCAAGCAGGAACAAGGAGGGUUUGGGUAAAAAUGCGUGAAAUUUCAAAUUCCUCUACAGAGUCAAAAUUAGAGGGAACUCGAGUAUUGAUAUACGCUUUACCAGCAGGUGCUCCUAGGGUGGCUCGACUAGUAACUUUGAAACUACCAGCUUUGCCAUACUAUUCGAGCCACGAAGCAGUCGAAAAAGAAGAAAGGGCGUGGUGCCAACUUGAGGUCUCGGGUAACUUCUCCGUAGCUGAAAUGACUUCUUGGCUAACAGAAGUACUUCCGGGUGAAUUACCCAGACCAGCUUCGAAUGUAUCAUUUACCCGAUCACAUACUCUUCUGGACACCGUUCUAGUUUGUCAAUACGAACGAGGGCACGCGAAGUUCAAAUCAGAUAAUGUGUCUACCAUAGCCACUAUUCGAAACAUAGUGUCGAACUGCUCCGUCGAGAAAAGCAUUCGUGUGGAAAUGUCUUGUGAUAUUCCAGAUAAUUGUUGUUUAAUAUCUUUUAAACAGUUGGAAAAUAAAUUUAAACAAGAAUAUAAAAAAAGUAAAGAUAUCAUUUUGAAAAAUGCUAUCAGCAUGUUGGAUUUGGAUAGUUCAAUGAAUGAGGAAGGUCCCAUACUGUGUCAAGACUAUGCUAGAGUUUGGGAUUCUAGAGAAAGUAUAAAUGAAACUCAAUUUGAGGAACUUGUAGAGACAAUAUUACAAUGGUAUUUGGACUGGCGGACACUAUCCUUACUUGAAAACUUUAAUAAUGAAAGUACUAAGCUUGAAACAGCUCUGAAAGAAUGUAAAGUGGAUGAUAUUUUUAAAAUACUCUCAAAAAAUGUGUCCUAAAAGAAUAAAACCUUAAAAUAUACUUUUAGGAUUAUGUGUAUAAUAUAAUAUUAUAAUAAAUAUAUGGGUGUUGUAUUUGUAUUUACUUAUUUUAUUUAAUGGAUUUUUUUAUGUCAUGUGGUAGCGGAUAUUUUUUUUGUAGUUCCAUGUCAUAUAGAAGCAGAAAAGCAUCAUUGCAUUUCAAUGUGGUUAAGUUGGUUGCGUGUUGAUCCAACUCAUAUAUUGAUUGGAUUUGGUCAGUCAAAAAUGCAGAUGUAAUAAAAUCUGCAUAAUGAUAAUCCUUGACUUCCUCUGCAAGUUUUAUUCCUUUUUCUAUAAGCUAGAGAAUUAGACAAAGAAAG